AUGAGGUGUCUCUCGUAUUGGGCAACUAUUGCCCUGCAGUUGUUCUGCCACCUUGGUCCAGCUACGGCCGUGGCCGUUCCUCGCCAGAAGAACUACACCGGCGGAAAUGGGGGGAUAAUAGCGCCCAAGGUUUUUAUAAUUAGCAUGUUUGAGCCGGAAUCGGAAGCAUGGAAGACGAGCAUGGUGGAAUCGGGAACCGGAAACUUGAACGACAGCAAGAUCGACAUGCCCGGGUUGUCCAUGCUGUACCCUCAGGUACUGUGCACGGCGGAUCACUCUGUAUGCCAAUUGACAGCCGGAGAGGGGGAGAUCAACGCGGCAGCGAGUGCCAUGGCGCUGGUGCUCUCGGAUAAGUUCAAUCUCACCCAGACGUACUUUGCCGUCGGGGGCAUUGCUGGUGUCAACCCCAAGUAUUCGACACUCGGCGGUGUUGCGCUCUCACGCUAUGUCAUCCAGGUCACUCUGCAGUACGAGCUAGAUGCCCGCGAGAAGCCCGACAACUUUAGCACUGGAUACUUUGCUUACGGCACCGAGGGACCGAGCGAAUACCCUGCCAGCAUCUAUGGCACCGAGGUGUUUGAAGUCAACGAUGCGUUGAGAGACGCAGCUUAUGGGUUUGCGCAAAAGGCGGAGCUGUCCGAUUCACCGGCAGUGGCCGAGUACCGAGCCAAGUACAGGGAGGCCGGCGCCGAGUAUGCUGCUGCGACUGAACUGCCGACUGUUGUCAAAUGCGACACAGCUACCAGCGAUGUGUACUACACGGGAACUCUGCUGAGCGAGGCUUUUGAGGCGGUCUCGCAAGUGUGGACCAACGGGACGGGCGAGUAUUGCAUGUCGGCACAGGAAGACAACGCCGUCCUUGAGGUGCUCGUCCGCGGCGCCAUCCAAGGCCUCGUCGACUUCUCCCGCGUGCUUGUGAUUCGAACCGGAUCAGACUUUGACAGGCCCCCGCCCAACGUCACGGCAUACCAGCACCUGCUGGAGGACCAGAACGGCUUCUCAACUGCGGUGGCCAACCUAGGCAAGGCGGGGGCCGAGAUUGUUCGAGGGAUUCUACAGGGCUGGGAGCAGACGUUCCAAACGGGAAUCAAGCCAACCAACUAUAUUGGCGAUAUAUUUGGCAGCUUGGGAGGACAGCCUGACUUUGGACCGGGGAGCCAGGCCAAUGGCACUGGAUAUGCGGCCGCACCAGUUCAGAGGAGGGCGGCGCAGAUGAGGACGAGGGGAUAUCGUGGCGCUUCUGUUGUGCGACGGCGCAUCUGA